AUGCCCCUUCCGCCUCCUCCAGGUCUCAGCCAAACUCCCUCGUCACUUCCGCCCCGCCCACCUCCAUCCUCCAACACCGCGCAGCCUUCCACCGCCAAUCCUGCAAGCCAUGGUGUUAGAACUCGACCAACUGGCUACAGCGCCUUCACGGCGUUCCAGCCGCGCGCGGUAGCAUCCAGUUUACCGCAUCGUGCCAAUACCCACUCAGUCUCGAAUCCGCCAGUCUCUGGAUACACAACCCCCGCCAACAGCUACAUCAACCACUAUCAACAGCCCCAGGCAUACCAGAGUGCGCCUUCCUACUAUGGACAACCUCAAUACCCUGAAAACACAUACGGCCCGACCGUUCCACACAUUGCGAACCCGUUCGGACCUACCCCCAACCAGGCCAACACAGGAUUCCCACAGAGCGGCAACGCCCCCGGCUUGGAUGCAGAGACUGAAGCCCAAAUUGCGCAGUGGCAGAGCGCCUACAACAAACCCAGUGAAGACCCCAAGAACCAAGCCAAUCAGCCUGGCUCAGGUGUGAACACAGGAGCUGGAACCCCAGCUGGUACUCCUGCCCCGCAGUCCCAGCCACAAAAAACAGUCAUUCGUUCUGGCGGUGGUGAAACGUGGACCGACCCGACCCUAUUAGAAUGGGACCCGUCACAUUUCCGCCUUUUUGUGGGUAACCUCGCAGGUGAAGUGACUGAUGAGUCCCUGCUCAAGGCAUUUUCUCGCUACCCAUCGGUCCAGAAAGCGCGUGUCAUCCGAGAGAAGCGAACCCAGAAGAGCAAAGGGUACGGCUUUGUCAGCUUCAGUGGAAGUGAUGACUACUUCAGAGCGGGAAAAGAUAUGGAGGGAAAGUACAUUGGUUCGCACCCAAUCCAACUGCGCCGAGCAGUGACCGAGGUUCGCCCAGCUUCGAACCCCAAGAAUGGAAAGAAACAAGGCAAAGGCAAGGGUCCUAAGGGGGAUACCGCCGGUCGGGUGGGUGGAAAAGUGAAGCAGGACGGUAUCAAAAAGCCAGCCAAAACCAAGGGAGGAUUGAAGAUUCUGGGCUAA